GACUUGUUGGUCCAUAGUCGGUGAUGCGGAUGCAAGCUCUGUCAGCAGUGAGGGGAGGCGGGGGCAGCGAGCCUUGCCCUGACCAGGCAUGUCGUCCUACCUUCUGCCUUGGUAGCUCAUGCGGCACCGUCGCAUCUGGAUCCUACCGUUUUGCCUUCUUAUCCCAAGGCGGAGCAGCUGCCGCAUCAGGCCUGGGCAGCGCCGCAAGGAGCUGGCGGCGCCCAAGCACCCGUGCCGGCAUCUGCCUGCUGGCGAGCAGCAACAGCGAGGACAGCCCGUGGAUUCCUGUGGUCAGAGCGGUACUGGUGUAGUGUGGCGGGGUGGUACUAGCUGUGCGAAAGGUCAGGGAGGGCUUCGCUACCCGUGGGCAUGGCCGCGUGGCAGCAGGCGCAGUUCGUGCUCAUUGCCGGUCACGAUGCCAGUAGCGGUGGCUACGGCCCGUCAGCAUGGUGUUUCUCAGCACCUCCACACGGUACAGAAUUGCUCGAAAGUACUUCAGGCGUGGCCUACGGCGCCGUUGGGAUGCUGGUGCUGGGACACUGGUGAUGCAGUACGGGCCGGCGCAACCUAGCCACUGGCAGUGCGGUGAUACUCACGUGUGGCGUGGCUGCUGCUGUGUGGCACUGCGGCAGCCCCCGGCCUCUGCCGCAUGCGGUGAAAGAGCUGCUGCAGGCAGGAGGUUGAUGUGCGGGAAGCGUGUGGGCUGUGGAAAAGGGGCUGCGGUGCAGGCUGGCAAGCUCUGGGGUGCGGGCGUGGCCGUGCCUGGGGCGGGCUGCCGGGCUGCCGGCACAGCGGUGGUAUGCCCAAUGGUGUGUGUGGGCCCGAAUUAACGGCCAUAAACAG